AUAACUACUGUCCUUUUAUUUUCAUUACCAAAUCUGUACUGUUACCGACCGAACAAGGAAAAAAAAAAAAAAAACAGAGAGAGAGAGAUAGAGAGACACGGUUGUCUAUCUGUGGUUUGCUUUUUCUGUUCUGUUUUGGAUUCUUUCAACUCAACAAAGAUUUACUGGUAUGCUGCUGAAGGUGUAUCGUCUACGCCAUGUCUCAGCAUUCUUAAGGUGAUCUUUGACCAAGAAAACCCUUGGAAUGCUGCAUGAUGUGCUUGAGUGUUUGGAUGUCCAUCUCUGAAACCCAUCAGGUUCUAGCUUUGUUGGAGCUUCCCUUCUUUGUUUUUGAUGAGAUUGGAUUCGGAAAUUAUUAUUCCUCUUGCUUUUGUGCUCAAAGGCACCGUGGACCUUCAAGAUGGUAUGAUCUUUGUGAAGACGGUUGAGCCGCAUCUUCUUUAUAUAUAGAUCCUGCUGUUCAGGUUGAAUAAAAUAUAUAGGAGGAGAGUGCUGUAUAUUAUAGUGUAUUAACAUUUUUAGCUUGGAAUGGAAAAUAAACCUAGUGUGUUGACACAAAAGUAUGAAGUGGGGAGAUUGCUUGGCCAAGGCACCUUUGCCAAGGUGUAUUUUGCAAGGAACAUCAAAACAAACCAGAGUGUAGCCAUUAAAUUAAUUGAGAAAGAGAAGGUCUUGAGGGUUGGGCUUGUUGAUCAGAUCAAGAGAGAAAUAUAUGUAAUGAGACUUGUUAGACACCCUAAUAUCAUAAAACUUUACGAGGUGUUGGCCACCAAAAGUAAGAUUUACUUUGUAAUGGAAUAUGCUAAAGGUGGUGAACUCUUUAACAAGGUCUCUAAAGGAAGGUUAAAGGAGGAUGUUGCCUGGAAAUAUUUUCAACAGCUGAUCAAUGCAGUUGAUUUCUGCCACAGCAGGGAUGUUUAUCAUCGUGAUAUAAAGCCAGAGAAUCUGUUGUUGGAUGAGAAUGAGAAUCUAAAGAUUAGUGAUUUUGGGUUGAGUGCCCUCGCUGAAUCCAAGCGACAAGAUGGAUUACUCCACACAACUUGUGGGACACCUGCAUAUGUUGCUCCUGAAGUGAUCAAAAGGAAAGGUUAUGAUGGUGCUAAGGCUGAUAUUUGGUCCUGUGGCGUGGUUUUGUUCGUGUUAUUGGCUGGUUAUCUCCCAUUUCAUGAUACAAAUUUGAUGGAGAUGUACAGAAAAAUUGACAAAGCAGAGUUCAAAUGCCCUAAUUGGUUUCCAACAGAUGCUCGUAAGUUGCUGCGUAAGAUCCUGGAUCCAAACCCCAAUACAAGGAUCUCCAUUGCUGAGAUUAAGGAAAGUUCUUGGUUUAGAAAAGGGUUGCCCAGACAAAGUAAAACUGAAACAGUAGGCAGGGAGGCAGCUGCUCUGGGUAGGAAUGGUUCUGGUCCUUCUGAGAAUAGCAGUGUGGCCUGUGAGGCAAAGCAAGAAUCAGCCAAACCUCCAUACUUAAAUGCUUUUGAUAUCAUUUCCCUUUCUGCUGGAUUUGAUCUAUCAGGAUUAUUUGACGAUAAGUAUCCGAACAGAGAAGCAAGAUUUACAUCUGCACAACCGGCCUCAGUCGUCAUCUCCAAACUGGAAGAUAUUUCUAAGUGUCUAAAGCUGAAGGUAAUGAAGAAAGAUGCAGGUUUGUUGAAAAUGGAAGGAAUGAAGGAAGGUAGAAAGGGGCUGUUGGCCAUUGAUGCUGAGAUCUUUGAACUGACUCCAAAUUUCCAUUUGGUGGAGCUGAAGAAAACUAAUGGAGAUACACUGGAAUAUCAGAAGAUGUUGAACGAAGAUAUAAGGCCUGCUCUCAAAGAUAUUGUUUGGUUGUGGCAGGGUGAGCAAGAACAGCAGCAGCAGCAGCAAGAACCACAACAGCAGCAGCUGCAGCUGCAGCAAUGACAUUGACCAAACUAUUAGUAACAGUUUGCUUGAGAUAUUCUCUUAAUGCCAUUUUUUCCGCUAUAGGCUGUGUUUGUACAAUUUCUUAAACUUCUCGUUUUUUCUACUUUCGUGCUUGUACUUGUGAGUGUUACAUUCCUCUGACCUCCCUCAAUAAACUUGCUCGUAUUUGCUAUGUGAUAAA